UGGGAGCUCGGGCUUGGAUCUUCUGGAGCUGAUGUCUGGGGAGGCACCGAUGUGUGAGAUGGGCCCGGGUGAGGGCAAGGCGAAGGAGACCAGCAUGGCUGGCAGAUGCCGUAUGUCCUGGUAUGAGCGAUACAUACAGCCGUGUGUGGUGGAACUUUUGGGCUCUGCCCUCUUCAUCUUCAUCGGGUGUCUAUCGGUCAUCGAGAACAGUCCGAACACUGGGCUCCUGCAGCCUGCGCUGGCUCAUGGGCUGGCCUUGGGACUCAUCAUUGCGACCUUGGGGAACAUCAGUGGCGGACACUUCAACCCUGCUGUUUCGCUGGCGGCCACGCUGAUUGGAGGUCUCAACGCGGUGCUGCUGAUUCCCUAUUUGGUCUCCCAGCUUUUUGGGGGGCUGAUUGGAGCUGCCUUGGCUAAGGCAGUGAGUCCAGAGGAGAGGUUCUGGAAUGCAUCUGGGGCAGCCUUUGCAACGGUCCAGGAUCAGGGCCAGGUGGCAGCAGCCCUGGGAGCAGAGAUCAUUCUGACAAUGCUAUUGGCGUUGGCGGUGUGUAUGGGUGCCAUCAAUGGGAAGACGCAGGGCCCUCUGGCCCCGUUCUCCAUUGGCUUCUCUGUCAUUGUGGAUAUCCUGGCAGGUGGUGGGAUCUCUGGAGCCUGCAUGAACCCCGCUCGUGCCUUCGGACCUGCUGUGAUGGCCGGCUACUGGGACUUUCAUUGGAUCUACUGGAUAGGCCCCCUCCUGGCUGGCCUCUUUGUAGGACUGCUCAUUAGGCUCUUCAUUGGAGACGAGAAAACCCGCCUGAUUCUAAAGGCAAGGUGAAGCACUGCUGUGGCAUCCUCGCUGCCUGGUAUGCUCAGCUGCCUGUCUUGACUCGAGGACAGGACAAUUCCAUCAUUUCCUGCGAGACUGAGCUCAGAGGAGUCACUGCAGCAGCAGCUGACCUUGACCUGGCUUCUUGGGCAGGCAGCUGCGGCUAUGUCCUGAGCACACUCCUGGAACCUGGACUUCCUUUGUGCUCACUGACUGGGCUUGGGGAAAUGUGUAGCCAGCCUAAAGACAGGUAUAGACCACAUAGAAAAAGAGCUUUUUGUGAGACUGGGCAGGUCACUGGAGAGAC